CCACCCCCCCCCCCCCCCCCCACAUUGACGUCUUCCGAAGUUUCCCCACCCUGCUUGUCCCGCUCAAACGCGACAUUCAAUCCACACGUGAAACUUUGCUUGUUGUUUUGGGCUUACCAGUAUUCGACUGGCUCAACGAUCGAAAUCAUGUUAUCACUGCUAAUCGAAUAUAAUUAUCAUAGUGUCUAUAGGCGAUAA